ACAAUACCAGAAAGUGAAGAUAGUGCUGACAGCAAUGUUCAUGGCGAUCUGGGCUGCAGCUUCGCUGAUCACCUUCCAUCUUUGCCGGGAGGAAUCCAGUUGGGUAUUGGGUUGGCGCUGGGAGCGGAUGGACAGCAGACAAGGCCCCAAGGAGACAAAACCAAGAAUGGAUAAAGGAGAAGAAGGAAUUUACUCCGAUUUGCUCAUUCCUGGGAUUCAUCCUGACCCCAAACAUCUAGGCCAGGACCAAGGCCAGUGGGCGCAGGCUGGGCCAAAGGGGCCCUCUGGACCGACAGCGGAGGUCAGGGCUGGGCCUAGCUCAGGCUCCGUCAGGCAGCAGGCCGGGGCCGGGCCUAGCUCAGGCUCCGUCAGGCAGCAGGCCGGGGCCGGGCCUAGCUCAGGCUCCGUCAGGCAGCAGGCCGGGGCCGGGCCUAGCUCAGGCUCCGUCAGGCAGCAGGCCGGGGCUGGGCCUAGCUCAGGCUCCGUCAGGCAGCAGGCCGGGGCCGGGCCUAGCUCAGGCUCCGUCAGGCAGCAGGCCGGGGCCGGGCCUAGCUCAGGCUCCGUCAGGCAGCAGGCCGGGGCCGGGCCUAGCUCAGGCUCCGUCAGGCAGCAGGCCGGGGCUGGGCCUAGCUCAGGCUCCGUCAGGCAGCAGGCCGGGGCCGGGCCUAGCUCAGGCUCCGUCAGGCAGCAGGCCGGGGCUGGGCCUAGCUCAGGCUCCGUCAGGCAGCAGGCCGGGGCUGGGCCUAGCUCAGGCUCCGUCAGGCAGCAGGCCGGGGCUGGGCCUAGCUCAGGCUCCGUCAGGCAGCAGGCCGGGGCUGGGCCCAGCUCCCCCCAGACGGAGCCAGCUCAGGAUUCAACAUACACCAGCCUGAAAGCACGAGCGGACGACGCUGACUAUCAGCACUGCGGCAGUCAGAGACCUGAGGACCAAAGUGUGGUGACAUUCUCAGCCCAAGAUGAUGAAGUGAACAUUCAGACACGAGAGAGAGUUGGGGACUGAGAUAAAGAUUCUACACGCCCGGGGACUUAACAUAUAAAUAUAUUCCUAACACGCAAAACCAUUCAUUAGAUACGUAACUCCCUCCCGGGUAUCUGUUAUUCUAUAUAUAACCCACCCCGAACCCCUCGAUUAGAUUCCAGUCUGUAACUCACUCCCGGGUAUCUGUUAUUCUAUAUAUAAACCACCA